GAUUAAGCCACUGCUGCAGCAUCAGAAGGGGUUUAAUCUAGGAGAAGCAGCAGCAGGGAGAGACACUAUUUCCCAGGCUCUAUCUUAACUAGUGCCAGUUCUUUUAUUUGACUGUACAAGAACUGCUGGGCAUCAAGGACACAUACAAGAGGAUAGAAUAUCAAGGAAGGAGGAAAACAGAGCUUCUUUGACUGGAGCAGAGAGAUAAAUAAAGCAUCAUAGUGUCUGCUGCAGACACCAGACACAGUCAUUAUGACCCAGGGCAAGCUUACAGUCGCAAACAAGGCUGCUGAAGCAGGAGAGAAGCAGUAUGGCACUUCAAGUGGAGAAGCAGGAGGGCCACCGGCCCCUCCCACCUAUGAGGAGGCCACUGGCGCAGGUGAGAAAGCGGGUGUCAGCGGCAGCCCCUGUUACAGCGGGGCUUAUCCUAGUGACGGGGAGAUGCUCACAGAAUUCAGCUGGAGUGAUAAAAACAUCAGACGGAUCUUUAUCCGCAAGGUUUACGCCAUCUUGAUGAUUCAACUUCUUGUCACUCUUUCCAUUGUGGCUCUCUUCACAUUCUGUGAACCAGUGAAGAACUACAUUCAGUCCAACCCUGGAUGGUACUGGGCUUCUUAUGCUGUGUUCUUUGUCACAUAUAUUACACUCGUCUGCUGUCCUGGACCAAGGAGACAGUUUCCAUGGAAUCUGAUCCUGCUCGCCAUCUUUACCCUCUCUCUCUCCUACAUGACAGGGAUGCUAUCCAGUUAUUACAACACCAAGUCAGUGGUGAUGUGUUUGGGUAUUACUGCUAUGGUCUGUCUUACUGUCACUCUCGUCAGCUUCCAAACUAAGUUUGAUGUGACAUCAUGCCAAGGUGUAUUGUUUACCUUCUGCAUGGUCAUGAUGGUGUCUGGACUGGUCCUGGCCAUCGCAUUGCCCUACGGAUAUGUGCCCUGGGUGCAUGGUGUCUAUGGUGCCUUGGGAGCGUUACUUUUUACCAUGUUUUUGGCGUUUGACACCCAGCUACUGAUGGGGAACAAGCGCUACACAAUAAGUCCAGAGGAAUACGUCUUUGCCACUCUCAACAUCUACCUCGAUAUUAUCUACAUCUUCUCCUUCUUCCUGUCCCUGUUCGGAACAGAGAGGACAAACUGAAUCCACCUCCAGGCCAGCAUCUCAGCUUUUCCAUCCAAACACGGCCCGUAUUCAUAGUCUCAGAGUAGUAGUGCUGAUCUAGGAUCGGCUUUGCCAUUUAGAUCACGGUGAAAAGUGUCAUACACACAGGGGGGAUAUGAUCCUAGGUCGACACUACUCGGAGACACGGUAUGAAUACAGGCUCUGAUCUCACCAUCAAGAUGUACUGUACACAACCUAUUGAUCCACUACUUCUUCCCACAGUCUCAGCUUAGUGUGAUUUUCCUUCCCCCUCUAGCAUGAUAUGGACCUAUACUACUUUAUUGUCUGCUUAGCUGUCAAUCUCCAGAAUGUACAGUACUUUUCACCUAUAGGUUCGGCGAUCUAUAGAAUUACAUUGCUAACGGUAGAUAGGUGUGAAAAACACAUGCAAAAUACUGAGUCUGUUUAAAAGCUAGAACUGUAGGUGUUUUUGUGUUAUGCAGUAGUGAUGUCCUUGCUUUCUCCUGUCUUUUAACAACAACAGUCAUGAAUGACACUACUCUACAGGAGAUUAUCACCUCUUAUGAAGAGGAACUUAAAGUAUCUGCCCUAAAGGCAUGAAUAUCUGAAUAUCUUUCAGUGUAGCAACAUAGACAUCAUUGUGCUUAGUUCAUCAGUAGUGCACUAGGCUACAUCUAAUUCCAUCAGUGCAUAACACAUUGUGAUGACCCUCAGCUUUAGAGUAGAGAGAGAGAGAGAGUAAAUUAUUACUUUAUUGAUCCAAA